UAGGAUUCUCUGAGUUGCCAUUUGGCCUAUAUAAACACAUUCAAAGUGUGACUACCACCACAGCUCUCAGCAAAACUUGAAAGCAUUCAAAGAUUAUUUUUUGCUUUUGAGGUCUAGUAGUUCUUCUUUUCCUUCUUUGCUCUUAUACAUUAAAACUAAAAGAUCAUGGCUAUUCGUAUGCCUCGUAUAAUCAAGAAGUCUUCCACAAGUGGAGAUGUUCCAAAAGGCCAUUUUGCUGUGUAUGUUGGGGAGAAGCAGAAGAAGAGAUUUGUAAUCCCCAUCUCGUUCUUGAGCCAACCUUUAUUUCAAGACUUGCUUAGUCAAGCUGAGGAAGAAUUUGGCUUUGAUCAUCCUAUGGGUGGUGUCACAAUUCCUUGCAGUGAGGAUGUGUUCGUUGAUCUCACAUCUCGCUUGAGGAAGUGAGAAGGAAAUUAACGAGUCACCAGUUUUUCUCUUACACAAUUUUGUAAAGCUGUAAAGUAAGGUCUCCAGAGCGUACAGUUCAGGAGUUAGAAGAAACAGUAAUUUAAAGUUAGACUAAUGAAAUUAGCUCCAUAAAGAAUGGAGAUGUAAUACCUUUUCUCUUGAUUAAGGAGACAUUUUUCUACUUCAAAAGAAAUUGAAGUAAUGAACAUGUUUACUUCUAUGGUUUCGAAUUAAUUCCAUAUAUUGAUGGAAUAAUUUAUUGCAAUAUAAAAAUUCUUGCUCAA